AUGGAAUCAUCAAAUACCAAAAAAAAAAAACCAGUAAAAGUUAAUAAAAUAAAAAGAAGAUAUAUUCCAAUUGAUAGUUCACUAAAGAAAAAAGAACAUAAACUACCUGAAACAGUGCCAAAAUUUUGUAGAAGAUGUGAAGGAACAAAUAAAUCAUGUAAAUGGAGAAGAGGACCUGUCUAUUAUUUUUUAUGCGAUUAUUGCCAUACUCAAUAUAAAAAUAUUCUGGAGUUUAUUUCACCAGGCAAAACAGAGUAUGAAUAUCUCAUGUACAGCCACAUUGUCCCUCAUGUUGAUGACGCAUUAAUGACAGUGGAUUGGUUUGAUCAAAAAUGA